UCACUUUUAAAAUUGACACUGAAACCAUUUAGAAAAAAUGAGUGAACCACCGGCAAAAAAACAAAAAUUUCAAUACAAGAAAAAAUUCUAUCAACCAAAUAGGAAGCAAUACUUGGAAGUGGGUCACAAAGGUUUCCUAGCUACCUGCAAUUUUAAUGAAAAAGACUGCGUAAGGGAAUGUUAUAAUAUAUUGAAUCAAUAUGCCAACGAAUUGUAUGGACCAGAGGAAGAUGAACACACAAAGGUAAGCAAUGAACAAAUUGCAGAUAAAACUGAGGAAGCCAACGAAGAGCAAGCUACAGAUGAUAUUGCCGAUGUAUUGCAAAAACAAAUCGAUGCCACACAAUUGAAAAAUAAAACUCCUGGCAAACGUCGCUUCCAAGCUGUUGAUACGGGUGCUUCAAAUUGUGUUUUCAUUAAAACCACGCUAGAUGAUCCGGUAGCAAUGGCAGGCCAUAUUGUUAAGGAUAUAGCAGCGACUAAACAACAAAAAACACGUCAUCUCUUACGUUUAGUGCCCAUAGAUGCUGUGUGCAAAGCUAAUGACAAGGAUAUUGUAAAUACCGCCGGACAAUUAUGUGACAAGUAUUUCCUUAAGGAGCCCACUACAUUUUCUAUAGUUUUUAAUAAAAGAUUUAAUAACGAUAUAAAUCGUGACCAAAUGAUACGUGAAAUUGCCGAUUUGAUACACGCUAAAAAUAUAAAAAAUAAAGUGGAUUUGAAACACGCUAAGAGGUCACUGGUAGUGGAAGUUAUUAAGGGUUUAUGUUGCCUUUCGGUCGUAGAUGAUUAUAUGGCUAUGAAAAAGUACAACUUGGUGGAAUUAGCUAGAGCUAAUCAGGAAUACAAUAAGGAUGACAAGAAACAAGAUAAAGAUUCGGAGAUUACAACUACGAGCGAAGAGAAGACUGACGUUGAAGAAUCUUCUACUAAGCAGGAGGAGAAAGAAGAGCAAGCUAAAAAUAAUGAAACUAGUGCAAACGAAGAACAUGUAAAUAAAACUUAAGUUUUCUCCAAACUAAAAUUAAUUUUUAUUUUUACCAAUAAAUAAUGUUUUAAUUGUUUAA